AUGCCAAGGACAUCCCUCGCUGACUCCAAAAACCCAGGCAUGUUCGGCAUGGACAUCAAACAAGAAGGAAUCGAAAUCCAAGGCGACCAAGUCUCCUUCGCCCACUGGACGCACAUCUGGCGCCGCGUCCUCGAACUCAUCCACGACGCCCACGCCGGCGAGACCCCCGCCGACUCCGAAUCCGAGGUGGACGAGGACCAUAUCGUUGGGAGGUACGUCUACAUUAACGCCGGACCGAUCUGGGGACGAUACUGGUCCGGAACUCACAUCAAUACCAAGGACUCGUAUGUCGCGUGCAUUGCGGCCAUGAUCAAGAAACUCAACUUGAACAAGCCAAUUGUCUGCGGUGCUUCGAUGGCUGGCCAGAUCUCGCUGGCUUGCGCUGUCCGCGCCAAAGAGGUUGGAUGUGUUGGUACGAUCGCAUUGCAAGGAAGCGACUACCUCAAUAUGGACCGUCAGUUCAACGACAAGUCGCCAUACGUCAACCAGUCUCUCUUCAAUCCGGAGUGGAUCUACGGCAUGAUGUCGCCGACUGCACCGCUCAAGAACCGUCAGCUCAUCUGGCACAUGUACUCGGCUGAGGCAUAUGGUAUUUUCCAUGGAGACUUGGACUUCUAUUUCGGCGGCUGGGACGGACGCUCACGUAUGGCGGGGAUCGACACCAAGGUCUGUCCAGUGUACAUGGAGACGUGUGACAAGAUCCCCGGAGCCAAGCAUCAAGCCAUGAAAGGGCUUGGGCACUUCCCGGCCACCGAGAAUCCAAAGGUCUUCGUUGGAUAUGUCCUUGAGGCGAUUUACCAUAUUCAGAAGACGAGGGCUGAGGCUCUACAUCUCGAGGUAGUGGAGCCGAGUUGUGAUAGGCUCAGCUUG